AUUCCCCACUCUUCUUCCCUCCUCCCGAAAGAUGCUGUUUUUCUCCGUCGACUCACAAUGGCGUGCCUUACUCCCGGAGUUCUCUCCAACCUUCUCGAAAUCGCCGCCGGAAAAAUGGUUUCUUCUCCGCCGUUGUUAUCUUCUCACCGCACCCCACUCCUCCAGGUGAUCGAGAUCGUUCCCUGUCUCUCCGACGACCUAUGGCGUAGCGAACGGUUCUUCGUCAAAGUCUCUGACUCCCUCCACGCCGCUUACGUUGCCGUUUCCGCCGGUGAUGACGCCGAUCUGAUCCGCUCCGACGAAAUCCAGCUAGGGCAGUUUGUUUACAUCCGCGGCGGCUUUCACGUCGAGAAAGGAUGCCCUGUUCCUGUAAUCCGUGGAUUGAAGCCAGUCCCGAAGCGGCGGAUGUGCGUCGGAAACCCUAGCGACCUCGUCUCUAGCGAUUUGCUGCUUAAUUUUACUCAGCUCUCUGUGUCGCCGACGACGAAGAAGAAGAAUCUUGGUGAGACGAGGAGGUUGAGCUUGGAUUCCGCGAGAAGAAGCUGUUGGGAUCACACUCCUCCGGUGACUCGCCGCCGUGACGCCGCAUUGCCUCUUUCUUCCCCACGUCUCAAACCCAAAUUGUUGUUGAAUGAUAAGAAUCUGCCAAAUAAUGAGUCCCCAUCAAAGCACCUUAACUGCGAAACCCCUACACUAAGAAACAGAAAUGUGGUUAAGCCUGCAUCACCCAUAUCCAUUACUAAAUCUCCAAAAGAUGGUACCAAGUCUUUGUCAAAGACAGUGGCUCCUCCGGUUACGGUUUUUAAGUUGCCUUCAAGUCACAGGGCUUGGUCUGAUCAGAGAAUCUCAUGGACUGGACUCCCAAAAACCAUUCAAUCGCUCGGGAAGGAAGUUUCAUCACAUAGGCAAGUAGCAGUUUCGGCUGCAGUAGACGCACUAGAGGAAGCAUCUGCCAUGGAGUCUGUUCUACUCAGUCUGCAGUCCUUUGCCGAACUCUGUGAUUCUUCUAAAAAGUUAUAUGCAGGAAAAGUUGUGCGCCAGUUCUUGGACAUCUACCACAGUAUACAGAACACAGGCAAAUCAGUCCAUCUGUUGCUUACUCGCAACCGAAACAACGGCUCUUGUAGAUCAACAUCUCAUAGAAAUGCAUCAUCUUGGGUUCAAGAUGCGGUAGUGACCGGUUUUUCCCAAUUCAACUUAUUCAAAGAGCCUGGAAAGCAAGAGGAUGAUGCUGCUGCUCACCAAGACAAUCAUCACUACGUUGUUCUACAAAACUCCUCCGAGAAACUGAAUCACAAGGAGACAACAAGUCUAAGAAACCAAGCUCACAAGGGUGUGGGAUUGAAUUCAACGAAACAUGGUUCUGUUUUAGACAAAAGUAAUUUAGAAGGCAAAAACAGGUUGAAAGAGUCAGCGAGUUUAGCGGACGAGCUACUCCAAGUUUCCAGCCAAUGGUUCUUGAAAUACUUGGAGAACUCACUGAAGAAAGGGUCCUUCUCGGUGAAGAAGGAAGAACUAAAUGGAAAAGAGUCUCUUCUUGUUCACCUUAAAGCGGUAAACCGUUGGCUCGAUGAUCUGAUCUCAAGCAAAACGGAAACCAACGAGAAGGCCGAAGAUUUAAGAAAGAAGCUGCAACGGUUUCUACUUAAACACAUCGAAUCUGCCAUCCGAGAAACUCGGUAA